UCUGAUCAUUUCUCAUUUGCUUUAGUUUUGUUUUCUUCUCCGAUCAGAUCCAAAAAGUAAAUUCGCUUUCCCUACGCUGCGCGAUGUCUCUCCGUCGUUCCAUCCUCGGCCUCCACCGCCAAACCAACAACCUCUCCCUCUCAAAGUCUUCACCUUUCUCGAUAACCAACAACAUCUCCUCCCCGUCCGCCGCCGCGAGGAACCCACUCGGAAGAGAAAUCUCCUCGAUCCCAUUUUCACUAACCCAGAGACUCAAACCCGACUCUAGGAGUACCGAUCGCGCGGUCGCUUCUCUCGGGCAAUCUCAGUUGGGUCGUCUCCCGUCUUCCAGAGGCUACAGCAACGCGUCUCUCGUACGGAAGAUCCCUGUUCUGUUUCACAUCAACGCGGGGAUGGAGGAGGUUUUGGCGGAUUACGUUCACCAAGAGCUGACCAGGAAUCUGAUGGUGAUCUCUCUUGGCUUGUUCCAGAUCAUCGUUAUCAAAGACGUCGUCGUGUUUCUUUUCUUCUGAGCAAAGGAAUCAUCUUUGUGUGGGGAUGACCUGUUAAUGAAAUAGUGAGCUUAAAAGUCAUUCCUUUCUUUUUAUCUUUCUUCUGUUAUGAAUAACAACAUUGAUGCAAUCGCAUAACCUUGCUUGUGUUUUCUCUUGUUUUUAAGUUUGGUCUGUUUGAUUCAGUUCGUAUUAAGGCUUAAGUGGAAUUAAAAGUGUGUGUGUGUGUUUUAAGUCCUUUACUUUCCUGGAUUGGAGACAGAAAAAUAAGAAUCUCUAUGAAGCUUUGAAUUGAAUAAAAGAGAAGUUUUCUCA